AUGCGUUUCUCAACCAUCACAGCAGCCGGCCUGCUCGCCUCCGGUGUCAGCGCCAACCUGCACGAGCUCGCCGUUGCGGCCGGCAAGAAGUACUUUGGCACGGCCACGGAUAACUCUGAGCUCACCGACACGGCCUACGUCGAGAUCCUGAAGGAUGCAAAGAUGUUUGGCCAGAUCACCCCUGGUAACGGCCAGAAGUGGCAGUUCACCGAGAAGAGCCAGGGAGUCUUCAGCUACACCUCUGGCGAUGAGAUCGCCGACUUCGCCAAGACCAACAGCAAGCUUCUCCGCUGCCACACCCUCGUCUGGCACUCUCAGCUCCCUACCUGGGUGUCUUCCGGCACCUGGACCAAGGAGCAGCUGACCUCCAUCAUCGACACUCACAUCUCCAACGUCGCUGGCCACUACAAGGGCCAGUGCUAUGCGUGGGACGUUGUUAACGAAGCCCUUAACGAGGACGGUACCUACCGCGACAGUGUCUUUUACAAGGUUCUCGGAACAGACUUCAUUCCCAUCGCCUUCAAGGCCGCCGCUGCUGCCGAUGCGGAUGCCAAGCUUUACUAUAACGACUACAACAUCGAGCUGGCCGGUAACAAGCAGAAGGAGGUCCUCAACAUCAUCAAGAACAUCAAGGACUCUGGUGCCCGCAUUGACGGUCUCGGCCUCCAGGCCCAUCUCAUUGUUGGUAGCGCCGGUUCCCGCUCUGCCCUGAGCGCCGUCCUCCAGUCCUACGUCGACGCUGGUGUUACCGAGGUCGCCUAUACCGAGCUUGACAUCCGCCACAAGGCCAUCCCCGCCGACACUGCUGCCCAGGAACAGCAAGCCACUGACUAUGUCAGCGUUGUCGGCGCCUGUUUGGACAUCGCCGAGUGUGUUGGCGUCACCAUCUGGGACUACACCGACAAGUACUCUUGGAUUCCCUCAGUCUUCCCCGGCACCGGCGAGGCCCUCCCCUGGGACAAGGACCUUAAGCCUAAGCCCGCCUACACCAGCAUCUCCAGCCUUCUCGCCGCCGCCGGCAAAGGCGGUGCUGCUCCUGCCACCUCUGCUCCAGCAGUUGCCACCAGCGCCGCUGCUGCCCCUACCUCAGAGUCUGCUGCCGCCGAGCCCUCCGUCCCUGCUGCUGAGCCUUCCGUCCCCGAGAGCUCUGCCCCUGCUGUGCCUGUCACCACCCCCAAGGCUAGCAUUCCUGCUGCGACUCCCGCGCCCGCCACUACACUUAGCACUGUCGUGAAGAGCAAGUGCGGUGGUGGUGCUACUGCUGAGGCAGCUUCCAGCGCUCCUGCGGCUGCUGCCACUGGCGGUGCCGCUCGCUGGGCUCAGUGCGGCGGCAACGGGUUCACCGGCUCUACUACCUGCCAGUCGGGCCUCACCUGCCAGAAGCAGAAUGACUAUUAUAGUCAGUGCGUCUAG